CAAACACAACCAAUUCGACUACUUAUUUCAUCGUGAUGAUGAUUAUCUGCGGGACGGCAUGCAGCAACUCCUGAUUCUCACAGCAAUCUCCUGGCUCGUCGUGGCUUUCAUAGACUACAAGCUCUACCGAUUGAUUCUGUACAAGUUAGAGUGCCUGAAUGUCAAGGUAGAAUCGGAUAGCUACAGAUAUAAGGAGGAUGAAGACGUGGCUAAGGAAAGGAAGCGUAUUACAGAAACUAAUGAGCACAAGCUGUUUAAAACAGAUGCGAUGGUGAUGGUGGGUGUGAGCAAGAGAUACUGCAGCAGCAAAACUGUGGCCGUGUACUCGACCAACCUUGGCGUGCAGGAGAAGGAAUGCCUGGGUUUACUGGGGCAGAACGGAGCAGGAAAGACAACCAUGUUCAAAAUGUUGACUGGGGACAUCGCGCUGUCCUAUGGAGACGCUUACUUUAAGGGAGACAGCAUCAAAACCAAGCUGAAAACAGUCCAGUCUAUGAUGAGCUACUGCCCCCAGUUUGACGCCCUCCAUGACGUGUUGACAGGACGAGAGACCCUGUACCUGUACGGCAGGUUGAGGGGGGUGCAGGAGGGCAGCCUGCGUGAGGUGACGAACAUGAUCAUCGACUUCAUCACGCUACAUCCACACGAAGACAACUACACACGGACAUACAGUGGCGGCAACAAGAGGAAGCUGUCUGUUGGUAUAGCAAUCAUCGGCAACCCCCACUUCAUCAUGUUGGACGAGCCGACAGCUGGUCUGGAUCCGGUGUCCAGGAGAAGUCUCUGGCGGUGUCUGCAUAUGGUUAGAUCCAUGGGGAGAACGUUGGUGCUGUCGUCACACAGCAUGGAGGAGUGCGAAGCUCUGUGUACAAAGAUAGCCAUCAUCAAGCAGGGGCGGCUACUGUGUCUGGGAAGCCAGCAGUAUCUGAAGAACAAAUACGACCAAGGCUACUCCGUCAUCCUUCACGCGUCCACAGGGGUUGACGGAAAACCUACAGACCUGGAAACUGCUAUCACAUCUCUCGACCAACAUUUCGCAAACAUCAAGGUGUUUGACAAGCAGGCCUACUACUGCCAUCUCCUGGUGCCAGAGUCCACCCGGCUGUCAGAGCUGUUCCAAGUGUUGGUGGAAGUCAAGUCAUCCUGUGACUUAAGUCACUUCACGGUGCAACAGACGUCCCUGGAGCAAGUCUUCUUAAAGUUCAUGAAGGAAUAAUUCACUUGCUGUUUGUGUGUCGUGUUUGUGGAUGUGUA